AUGUGUGGACUUGAAGAAGAGUCGCUGGAACAUAUACUCUUCCAAUGCUCCUUUGCAGCUCGUGCGUGGUUGUGGCUUUCAAAUAUUUUUGGUUUAACAACUAACUAUGAUCUUGUUGUGUCCUUCAAAGCAUCCAAGAAUAGAAGUAAGAUGGUUCGUGAUCUGUGGUUGGCGGCCAAUCUAUUCGUCAGGUUGGAACUGUGGGCUAUGCGCAACAAUUGUGUUUUUGAACGCAGGAAAGUGAACUGGAAUACGUUUUUCAAGCGUGUUCUGAAAUUGAUUCAGGACUAUUCAGGUCGUCUUAGGGGUUAUAUGAAGAACUGUGCUGAUGACAUUCUUCUUCUUGAUUAUUUUCGAGUUGUUCAUAGGAGAGUUAAGCAUCAGCAACCUGUUGAAGUUUUUUGGCAUCCUCCAGACGAAAACGAACUUCAGAUCUGCUAUGAUGGGGCGGCGAGAGGAAAUCCAGGCAUUGCCGGUACUGGAGUGGUGGCUAGAGAUGCGCAUUGUUCAGUUUUGGAGCUAUGA